UAUGACCUCAAAUAGUCUUGAGACCAUAAAAAGUGGCUACUAAGUGGACCUUACAGCAUUGACCCUUGCAAUAAAUGUUAAUUCCUAAAACAAUAUGUGUUUAUUUAUUCUCAAAGUUAAAAAUUGCCAUAAAUAUGGCUCAAUCAGGGGCGGACUGACUAUUUGGAAACCCGGGCACUGCCCGAGGGCCCGAGGUACCCCUGGUACCUUUUUCAUAGGCUUUUUUGAGUUUGGGCAAGGACACAGGGGCCCCAUGAUCCUCUAUUGCUCGGGG